AUGGCUGAACCCAAGGAAAUCCAGCCUGAACCGACUAUGUCUCAUGAUCAAGAGACGACGUCGAUCGGCGAGGAUGAGAACGCGCCGACAGACAUGGAACUCAUGACUCUGAGAAAGGUGGCAGGCAAGCUGCCAUGGUCUGCCUUCCUCGUCGCGAUUAUCGAGCUGUGCGAGAGAUUCGCUUACUAUGGUUUGAGUGGACCAUUCCAGAAUUAUAUGCAGCACAAGUACAAGGAUCCAAGUGGAGUCCCUGGGGCCAUAGGACUCGGCCAGGCGAGGGCAACUGGGCUGAGCAACUUCUUCCAGUUUUGGUGCUAUGUAACUCCCAUCCUUGGUGCUAUUAUUGCAGACCAAUAUCUUGGGAAAUACAACACCAUCAUCAUCUUUGCUUUGAUCUAUAUCUCCGGGCUAGUCAUCCUCUUCUGCACUUCGCUCCCCGUUGCUAUCGAGAGCGGCGCAUCCCUGGGUGGUUUGAUCGCAGCUAUGAUCAUUAUCGGCUUGGGUACCGGUGGGAUCAAGUCAAACAUCUCUCCACUUAUUGCCGAGCAAGUCACUGCGAAGAAACCCCAGCUCAAGACCCUAAAGUCUGGGGAGAGGGUUAUUGUAGACCCGGCGCUAACGGUCGAACGUGUUUACAUGAUCUUUUACAUGUGCAUCAAUAUUGGAUCUCUCUCGGCCAUCGCAACUACUGAGCUCGAACUGCACGUUGGGUUCUGGGCUGCCUACCUACUGCCCUUGUGUAUGUUCCUUGCUGGGUUUGUAAUAAUCGUUGCCGGCAAGAAACUUUACGUUGUUCGGCCACCAAAGGGCUCUGUUAUUCCUCGAGCCUUCAAGGUUAUGUUCAUUGGCUUGAAGAACAAGGGGAACUUGGACGCCGCCAAAAGCUCUUACCAACAGACCCAUGGUGGGCAUAUAUUCCCUUGGGAUGAUCAGUUCGUGGAGGAGAUCAAGCGAGCUCUGGUAGCUUGUCGAGUAUUCGUAUACUUCCCUAUCUAUUGGGUCUGCUAUCAACAGAUGCUGAACAAUUUCAUAUCCCAAGCAGCAACCAUGGAGCUCCACGGGAUUCCCAAUGACAUCAUGCAGAAUAUUGAUCCGCUAACUAUCAUUAUUUUCAUCCCAAUCUGUGAUAGAAUUGUCUAUCCCUUCCUGCGUAAAGCGGGUAUUAAAUUUAAACCCAUCACGCGUAUCACGACUGGAUUCUUCUUCGCCUCUCUUGCAAUGGCGUAUGCUGCGAUUGUGCAACAUCUCAUCUAUAACAGCCCACCGUGUUAUAAUAACCCCCUAGGUUGCGAUGCCAGCAUGGGCGGGAAAUUGCCCAACAAAGUCCAUGUUGCUGUGCAAACUCCAGCGUAUCUUCUGAUUGGUCUCUCGGAAAUUUUCGCAAGUAUCACAGGCUUGGAAUAUGCAUACACGAAAGCGCCACCGUCAAUGAAAUCGUUCGUCAUGGCCAUGUUCUUGCUUACCAGUGCCUUUGGCGCUGCGCUGGGUAUUGCCUUGUCCCCCACUGCAAAGGACCCCAAGCUUUUGUGGAUGUAUACUGGCCUGGCUGUUGCGUCCGCGAUUGCUGGAGCUGUAUUCUGGUUCCUCUUUAGCCGCUAUAACGCCAAGGAAGAGGAGAUGAAUGCCCUGGAGGAAAAGCAGUUGGCCGAGGAUAAACCCGUGGCCGCAAAUAACAUUUCCAUGACUUAA